CUGAUCAAAUUGCAGCGUCAGCCAUGUUGCAUUACAUUUUCAGGAAAGAGCUCUGAAAAAAUGGAUUAAAAAAUUGAGCACUCGCUUUCUUUUAAAGUAUCUGUGAAAAAAUGGCAGACUUGCUCAGCAUUCAAGUCCACGUUCCUGUCACGAAGUGUGAGAGUGGAAAGUUUUUAGAAAAAGAAGAUAAUAUACAACAAAGCGUUUCGAAAAUUCGUAAAAUCGAGAAUUCUUUUAAAAACCCGAUUAACUCUCUGGACAAAGGAACAAAAUACUCUUAUUUACCCAGAAGGAAGGCAGUUGACAUAGAAUUUAAGAAUUUGGUGUAUGCAGUUCCAGAAAAUAAGCGAAAAGGUUUGAGAUACAUAUGGGACUCACAAAAUUGUUUCAAAAACAUCCUGAAAGGAAUCAGUGGAAAAAUGUGUUCAGGCCAAUUAACCGCUAUCAUGGGACCCAGCGGUGCUGGUAAAUCUUCUCUGAUGAAUAUUCUAGCUGGAUAUCAGUGUAAAAGUAGUGCCAUUACCGGCACAAUACAUCUCAACAACAAGCCAAGGAACCUGAGAAAAUUCCGGAAAAUGGCUUGUUAUAUCAUGCAAGACAGUCACUUGUUGGAGCAUCUCAGCGUUCAGGAAUCCAUGAUGUGCUCAGCAAACUUAAAACUAUCAGAAAAAAUGAAUGUUGAAGAAAAGAAACAACUUGUUGGAGAAAUUUUAGAUACUUUAAGUUUGACUGAAUGCAAAGAUACACUUACAGAAAAUUUAAGUGGAGGGCAAAAAAAACGACUAUCUAUUGCUUUAGAAUUGGUUAAUAAUCCACCCGUGAUGUUUUUUGACGAACCAACAAGUGGUUUGGAUAGUUCGUCAACUUAUCAAUGUGUUGAUUUAUUGAGGUCUCUUGCUCAGGGCGGACGAACGGUGAUUUGCACCAUUCAUCAGCCGAGUGCCAAAUUAUUGGAUAUGUUUGAUCACCUCUACAUGUUGGCUGAUGGGCAAUGCAUGUAUCAAGGAGACAUUCCCGGUUUGAUACCUUUCGUAGCAGCUGUAGCUGUAAAGUGUCCAGAAUAUCAUAACCCUGCUGAUUUCGUUAUGGAGCUGGCCUGCGGUCAAUAUGGAGAAACACAUUUGAUUAAGAUGGUAGAUGCUGUCAAGAAAGGAAAAUGCCUGCAAUAUCAACGACCUAAGAAACGAACAAAUUGCGAAAAGGAAGAAAAGGUUAAUGAAUUUCUGGCCUCAAAAGACUCUAAGGAAACGUCAAUUGUUGACGACAAAAUGGAUGACGCACUAAUUUCUGAAAGCGUACCGCUAAACAAUGAUCUAUCUUCUAAAGAGACGAGUCAAGGAGAAGCAACAAGCAAGGGUGAUGAGGAAGAAAGGACUACUUUCGCGGUAUCUUGCUUUACUCAGUUUAGGGUCUUAUUUAUCCGAACCUUUAUGUCUAUUAUCCGUGAUACUACACUUACAAGAUUGAGAUUGGUCUCUCACAUAAUAACCGGUUUCAUGAUUGGUUUAUUGUAUUAUAAUAUUGGUAAUGAAUCUGAUAAAGCUUUCAACAAUGCUGCUUUCCUCUUUUUUUCCCUGUUGUUUGUUAUGUUUACCGCUUUGAUGCCAACUGUAAUGACAUUUCCAAUGGAAAUGGCAGUAUUUCUACGUGAGCAUUUAAAUUACUGGUAUAGUUUGAAGGCUUACUAUAUGGCUAAGACUAUGGCUGAUAUGCCAUUUCAGAUUGUCUUUCCCUUAAUAUACGGUUCUAUAGUGUAUUGGUUCACGAAUCAGCCAGCAUCUGCUCUUCGGUUUUUGAUGUUUCUAACACUAUCUACUCAAACAGCACUUGUUGCUCAGUCUCUCGGCCUACUAAUCAGCGCUGGCACUCCCUUACAAGUGGCUGUCUUCCUUGGUCCUGUUACUUCCAUACCAAUUUUGCUUUUCUCUGGCUUUUUCGUUAAUCUUGACACUAUUCCCUCUUACAUGCAGUGGAUAACGUAUCUAUCUUAUGUCAGAUAUGCCUUCGAAGGCGCCAUUCAAGCAAUCUACGGCUUCAAUAGAGAGAAAUUGCAGUGUGAUCAGGUUAGGGCAGCAGAAGAAGCGAAGAAAGCAUCUGAUAGUAUGCAAAGUGUAUCAAACAUGAAUAAAAUAAUGAAAAGUCAUAUUGAAAAAGCAGCAGUUGAACAGUUCUGUCGUCUUCAAAAUCCAGAGAAAGUGUUGGAAUCUUUUGAUAUGGAGAAUGCAAAAGUAUGGAUAGACUUUUUAGUUUUACGCAUAACAAAGAUAUCACAUGACCAUUGGUCAUGUGACAAAAUGAAACUUUUUAGCCAAUAUAUCGCUCUAAUACUUCUCUUGUAUUUUUAUAAAAAUGAAACCAAAGAUCCUUUUCGCGAAAUUGAUGAUUAUAAAGCGACUGCUCAAAAAAUAAUUGAUUUUACUGUAAAAGGAAAAGGCAAAGGACAAGUAUGGAAUAGAUUAGCAGAAUUUACUGAUAAGUUUGGUCCAAGGUUGGCUGGAUCAAAAGCUCUUGAAAAUUCUAUUGAUUAUGUUCUUGAAAAGAUGGCUAGUGAAGGCUUAGAGAACGUUCAUGGCGAGAAAGCUAUAAUUCCACAUUGGGUCAGAGGAAAUGAAUCUUGUGAGCUUAUUAAACCAAGACGUCAUAAAAUUUCUAUUUUAGGAUUGGGCUACAGCGUUGGAACUACCAGAGACGGUAUUAUAGCUGAGGCCAUAGUUGUUAAAUCGUUUGAUGAAUUAAAGAAGAGGAGAAACGAAAUUAAGGGGAAGAUUGUCAUUUAUAAUCAACCUUUUGUUAGCUAUAGUGAAACAGUCAUUUACAGAACAAAUGGAGCAUCUAUGGCAUCUAAAUAUGGUGCUGUUGCGUCUCUUAUUAGAAGUGUCACUCCUUUCUCUAUUAAUAGUCCUCAUACUGGAAUGCAAACUUACUUAAAAGGGGUAAAUCCUAUACCAACAGCUUGUAUAACAGUAGAAGAUGCUGAAAUGCUUAACAGAAUGAGUGACAGAAAGGAAAAAAUUGUUAUAAAAUUAAAAAUGGAUGCUCGAAAAUAUAAAGAUGCUGAAUCAAGAAACACAAUAGCUGAAAUUAAAGGAACAAAAUAUCCAAACCAAAUUGUACUAAUUUCAGGACAUUUAGAUAGCUGGGAUGUUGGUCAGGGGGCAAUGGAUGACGGAGGAGGUGCUUUCAUUUCAUGGCAAGCUCUAUCAAUAAUUAAAUCUUUAGGCUUGAAACCAAAACGAACCAUUCGAGCUGUUUUGUGGACAGCAGAAGAAUUCGGGAUGAUUGGAUCAAGCCAAUAUUUUAAUAAUCACAAGGUACGUAAUAUUUUAAACUCUUUUCAAUAUCUGACCUCUGCAACUAUUUUAGCAUCAAGCAAAUAACUUCAGUCUUGUCAUGGAAUCAGAUAUUGGAACAUUCCGACCUUUGGGUUUAAAAUUUACAGGAUCAAAAAAAUCCAAGAAAAUAAUGCGAAAAAUUAUUAGCCUAUUGUCAUCCAUAAAUGCUACCAAGUUACAGGAAAAUGCUGAUGGAGGUGACGUAAAUUUCUGGAUAAAAGCAGGUGUCCCAGGUGGCAGCUUAUUGAACGAAAAUUCAAAGUAUUUUUAUUUUCAUCACACAAACGGCGAUACCAUGACAGUACAAAAUUCGGACGAAAUGGAUAGAUGUGCAGCAGUUUGGACAGUAGUUGCUUAUGUUGUUGCCAGCCUGGAUGAAAUACUUCCGAGGGAAUGAUUAAAAUUAGAUUGUCUUAUUUUUACGGUCACUAUUAAUAAAUCUUAUCGUAUUCUAAAUUAAUGAACC